UUGUAUUUACUUCCUGUUCAGUGCUCUUAUUUUGUUGUAUUUCGUGUUUUAUUCACGGAGCACUGUUUUUCUCUUUUCGUUGAUUGGCAGCGGUUCACACCUGUUGUCAAUCACACUAGUGUCUAUUUAUGUUUCACUCGAGCACUCCUCAGUGCUAGAUGAUAAUAUUAUGUUGAGAACGUUUAUCUGCACGACUGCUUUAUGUUUGCUUUUUGUUAUUUUCUUAUGAGUAUUAAAUAUUCUUACCUUCAUUGUACUCACCCUGGAUUCCUGCAUACUCGGGGACACACAACAGCAGACAUGCGAGUUCCUAACAUGUUGUCUGUCUAUCUGGGUUAGCCCUGCGAUGAGGUGGCGACUUGUCCAGGGUGUACCCCGCCUUCCACCCGAUUGUAGCUGAGAUAGGCGCCAGCUCCCCCCGCCACCCCAAAAGGGAAUAAGUGGAAGAAAAUGAAUGGAUGGAAUGGAUACACUAAAUUCUGAGGUGAAAUUAUCGAAACUCACCAUAUUUUUUUGACAUUUUAGUUUUUAAAUUUGGGUGCCAAACGUAACUGCGAUGUGGCCCCCAGUGAAAAUGACUUUGACAAAUCUGCACCACACAGUUUUAACAGUUACAGUGCUAAAUUAUUUAAAAAAAAAAAGAAUGAUUUUAGCUUUUGUGUAAUAGUUUACAAAAAAAAUUGUUGUUAGUGUUAUAUCUAAUAUUUUCAACCCGAGGGUCCCUGGUUCAAAUCCCACCUAGUACCAACCUCGUCACGUCCGUUGUGUCCUGAGCAAGACACUUCACCCUUGCUCCUGAUGGGUGCUGGUUGGCGCCUUGCAUGGCAGCUCCCUCCAUCAGUGUGUGAAUGUGUGUGUGAAUGGGUAAAUGUAGAAGUAGUGUCAAAGCGCUUUGAGUACCUUGAAGGUAGAAAAGUGCUAUACAAGUACAACCCAUUUAUCAUUUAUAUAAAAAGUGUCCCCCAGGGCUGUACUUUGGACACCUGGACGGGAACACCUGAGAAGCACACAGUGUUGACAAAUCAUUAACUGCUGCUUACAUGCACUAUAUUCCACACAACCUGCCUUGUGGUUCUGGUGAUCCAAAUAGGAAUAGUUAGUAUGAGUAGAGCGGUCCGGGCUUGUGAACUCCCGCCAGCACUCCCACGGACGAUCGUCAACGUUGAUUCAGGUCAGAGUUUUCCCUCCGUUCAUUUUGACGUCUCGUCUGCCAAGUGUGAGCUCUCAUCUUAUCAGAGAGAGGAAGGACCCUGUGGUGAUCCAACGCCUGAUGACGCCAAUGAUAGCAAUGUGAAGGGAGGUUCAUCGCCACUGCCCUUCACCUUAACACUGCAGGGCCAUGAGACCCUUGAAGAGAGGUCGAAGUUUACGGUUUACAAGAUUCUAGUCAGUGGAAGUCAAGGCGACAGCUGGAUUAUCUUUCGAAGAUAUACAGACUUCUGCAGGCUUCAAAGCAAGCUUAAGGAUUUGUUUCCUAGUGGCCACUUAGUUCUUCCGCCGAAGCGUUGGUUUAAAGACAACUAUGAUGAAGAGUUUCUGGCAGAGAGGCAAAUUGCUCUGCAAAAAUUUCUGCACAACCUGACGCACCACAAACAUAUCAUUAGCAGUGAUGCGGUCAGGCAGUUUCUGUGUAUGACUGACCCACCAGGCCCAUUUGACAGUGUGGAAGAAAGCAGGUGUGUCAAGCAGGUGGGCGGAGCGUACUGA